AGCAUCCUUUAGCGAACCAACCUGUUUAGCAUCGCAGCGACUACUGGAAAACAAGAGAAAAUGAAGUAUAUAUAUGGAACAGCAGGAUUUCGCGCUGAUGCUUCCUUGCUUUAUGCUGCAAUUAUUGGUUCAACAGCUGCAGCCGCACUUCGAAGCAUGGAAUUAGAAGGAAAAACAGUGGGAGUCAUUAUUACGGCCUCUCACAAUCCCGUCAGCGAUAAUGGUGUUAAAAUUAUAGACGCUGAUGGAGGAAUGCUAUCCAUGGCUUGGGAAGAGAAAUGUACAAACUUAGCCAAUGUUUCCUCUAAAAGUGAGUUAGAUAUUUUGAUUAAAGAAUACCUUGUUCCUUCUACUUGUCAAGCAAGUGUAGUGAUUGGCAUGGAUACCAGACCUUCUUCUCCGCGUCUGUCGGAACUCUCAAAAGUCAUUCUCGAUGAACUUUCUGCUUCUUAUAAAGACUAUGGGUUUGUUACUACUCCUCAGCUUCAUUGGAUUGUUAGGUUGAUUAACCAGAAUUCAACAUAUUCGAUUCCUUCCAACCCUCCUCCUCUUGUUUUAUAUUAUGAUUCACUCUGCAACGCUUAUAUAAAUAUAUUUUCCAGCUUCACCGUUCAUCACCGUCCGACACUUACUGUGGAUUGUGCGAAUGGUGUUGGUUCUUUACCGCUCAAGGAGCUGUCCAAGCGAUUAAGGGAUUGUAUCGAUCUUCGUCUAACUAAUAAUGAUCAUUUAGCGUCAAAAUAUCUAAACAAAGACUGUGGAGCUGACUAUGUGAAAACAACCCAAUCACCGCCGGUGAAUUUGUUGGAUAAAAUGGUUCCUAAUCAAUUGUACGCUUCUAUUGAUGGCGACGCUGACCGCAUCAUCUUUUACUUUGUAGACAAAAACAAGAAGUUUCACUUGCUUGACGGUGACAGAAUAAGUAUUCUCCUGGUUUCUUUCCUGAAAAUUCUCGUACAAAAAUCCAGACUACCCCUUAGCAUCGGAGUAAUCCAAACCGCAUAUGCAAAUGGUUCUUCCACCGCUUAUCUUAAAAAAUUAGGAAUCCCAAUUAUUUGUACAAGUACUGGUGUCAAACACCUCCAUCAUGCAGCCAAAAAUUUCGACAUUGGCGUCUACUUUGAAGCGAAUGGACAUGGAACUGUACUCUUUAGUCAAGGUUGUUUACACAAGCUACAUAAUCCUUCCACCGAGCAAUCAAAUACUGAAACAGCUGCAAUUGAUGCACUCUUGCAACUAUCUCAAUUAAUCAACCAAGCAAUUGGAGACGCACUUAGUGACAUGUUGGCUGUGCUCAGCGUUUUAGGAAGUCUACUUUGGGACGCUACAGGUUGGUUGAGUAUGUAUGACGACCUACCGAAUAAACUUGUAAAAGUAAAGGUUGCGGAUCGCUCCGUCUUUGUUACUACCGAUGCAGAGCGCCGUUUAGUUAAGCCUGUCGGUUUACAAGAAAAGAUUGAUAAUCUCGUUGCUAGCUAUGAAGACAGCAGAUCUUUUGUUCGAGCAUCCGGUACUGAAGAUGCCGUACGUGUAUAUGCAGAGGCAAAAACUCCAAAGUCUGCAGCGGAGCUUAGUGCUAAGGUUUGCGGUUUGCUUCAAUAAAGCAUUUCUAAUGGAGAACCGUUUCAAUCUUUUUAUUUUCAUUACUCUGUAAAGCAUUCUAAACUUUUUAUCCGGCGACUUUGCUCUAUUCAGCAUGCACGUCAUUCCUGAAAUUACUAGCUUAAUCCUAUUCAUUAUUACUUUAUUUUUCUGCUUUAGAAAUACAUAAAUUAAUUUAUUUGGCUUAUACGGCCUACUAGUAUAGUAUGGAAAUACCAACCUAAUAACCCCUAUUACUAACAACUAGCUAAAUUUUAAAUAAUAAAA